GGAAAUACUAAGUCUGUUAAGGAUGUGUAUGUAACUAAGAUAGUAACUACGACGUACUCAUAUUCACAGGAAAAAGUACUUUAAUUUGUAAAAAUUGCUACCCCUUGACAGUCUUCAUUCUUAUUUAAUAGUCAGAACAUCAAGAAGGAAAACACACCUUUUUUCUACAUCAUUUUAUUCCAUUACCUUUCUCCAAGCCUCUUUUAUCAUCACGUACUGGAUUCUAAAGAAGAGUCUGAAGUCCGUGAUAUGCCAACACGUGAUUGGCGACCUUUUGUUUAUGGAGGUUUUUCCUCAGUAGUGGCAGAAUUUAGUACUUUUCCAAUUGAUACAACUAAGACAAGACUUCAAGUGCAGGGACAAACCCAUGAUGUCCAAUUCAAACAGCUGAAAUACAGGGGCAUGGUUCAUGCCCUUAUAAGAAUCUCUAAAGAAGAAGGUGUGAAAGCCCUUUAUUCAGGAAUUGCACCAGCCCUCUUGCGCCAAGCAACAUAUGGUACAAUCAAGAUUGGUAUUUACUAUUCCUUGAAAAAUGCUCUCAUCAGGGAUGCUCAUGAUGAAACAUUGCUGAAGAAUGUUAUAUGUGGAGUUACUGCUGGAGUUAUAUCAUCAUCUAUUGCCAACCCUACUGAUGUUUUAAAGGUGCGAAUGCAGGCUCAACACCAACAGUAUGCCAAAAAAGGAAUGUUUAAUUGCUUCAUGAAUAUCUACAAAAGUGAAGGCAUCCGAGGCCUCUGGAAAGGAGUGGGGCCAACUGCCCAAAGAGCAGCAAUCGUAGUUGGUGUAGAACUUCCUGUUUAUGACAUCACUAAGAAAAAUCUUAUUUUGUCAGGAGUUUUGGCAGAUAAUGUUAUCACACAUUUCAUAUCUAGUUUUAUAGCUGGAGUUACAGGAGCCAUUGCAUCUACUCCAGUUGAUGUGGUUAGGACUCGACUGAUGAAUCAGAGGAGACUCAAAGCAGCUGUAGUAAAUGGUAGUAGAGCAGAGGUUAUGUACACAAGCUCAUUGCACUGUGCAGUUCAAACAGUACAAACAGAAGGAUUUUUAGCCUUGUACAAAGGAUUUGUACCCACUUGGGUUCGGUUGGGACCAUGGAAUAUUAUUUUCUUUAUCAUGUACGAGCAUCUCAAGAAGUUGUAUUGAAGACAGCAAAUAUUAAAAAUAAUGCACAGAAUGAAAGCAUGUAAAUGUAGAGCAAAUAACACCACUUGUUCAAAGUGUGAUAAAAAAUAAUUUCAGUCUUAUUUGUCAUUGCAUUUUAUGCCAUUUACAUUUAUAUUAUUUUUUAAAAUCUUUAUUUUUUGAGCUUUAAGUAACCAAACUUGUUGACAUAUUUUUCUGGUAAGAGCUAUCUUAGAAGUGCACCAAAGUGAGUACUUUUUUUAAAAUAAUGUUUUGUAAAAUUAGACCCAAAAUUUGAGGUUGAUCUUUCCUGACAAAUUAAUUUCUAUCAAUCAUUUGAAUGCACUUUUUUAAAGAUUGAAAAUAUAAAGUACUCGCAAGCUCUUUAAAUUAUACAGAAAUGCAUUUGUAGCAUACUAAUCGAUUAGGCCUAACCAUAAUUUAUUAUUAUUAUUUUUUAAUGCAAGGUCAAAUUUUAAAAUAAGGAUCCUAUUAAUUACAAUUUUUUUAAUCACGUGAAACAAUUCAAUGGCAUGUUACAAUGUACACAGAAAAAAGGAAGCUGUUGAAUGUUUUACUGCUCUACAACCAUUGAACAGUAUUUUAGUAUUCUGGAAAAGUAAUAGGUCAGUGAUAUGCUUCAAUUCUACACAGUUGUGUGGUCAAAGAACACUUCUUUGGUAAAUAUGGCUUUUAUUUUUAUUUCUUAAUAAGUGAUGGAGUACAAAACCAAUUUUCCAGAAUUAGGCUCAAUAAUGAAAAUUGUGAUUUCAUGAGAGAACGUACGGGUCAUACGAAAAGUUGUGUCCAUUUUGUGACUUUUUUGAAAUGUUUCUGUUGAUUGUAUUCUCAAUUUGUGCUGAAACUGAUCACUUUUUUCAUUGGACAUUUAUGAAACGUCUAAAAUCCUAUGUAGUUCUGUACAUCUGCUUUAUGAUGUUAAAUUCUGCACAGUAAUCAGAAGUUUACUUGAUUUAGGUGUGUUGCACAGUAUAUUAGUUUGUGGAUAUCGUACAGGGUGUUUUUUACAGUCUUCAAGUUUUAUUAUACAAAUUAGGGUUGUCACUCAUCAUGCUUGAACCCAUUAACUGGUUUGGCUUAAGUUUUGAUCAGUCACUUGUGAAUUUAAAAGCAAAUAGCUUAUUAAAUCAAUUCUCUAUUUCAGAACAGCUGAACUAUUAAGAUUACUACUUCAGAUCAUCUGUUCAUUAUUGGACGGAAAGUUAAUCUUUGUGUGCUGUAAGUUCUAAACUUUUGUAUUCACCAUUUGCUGCAUGUGGUAUGUAUGGCCAUGCGAGUGAACUUCAACAGCAAUUGAAUUUCAAUGCCUAACAUUUAUGACAAGAUACAUAGAAAACUAGGUAUAAAAUAAAUCAAGAAUCAAUCAGGGAAUGUGAACCAUAGCAGUUAUCUGAGUAACUGUGACACCCCUAAUAAAAAUGCAUUUUAUUUAAGUGAAGUAUAAAGUAGAUUGAGAGCUAUGUAACACAUAAUAAAUUGUUGCAUUCUAUCUAAAAAUUAGGGAAGUGUCACAAUUGUAAAAAGAGAAAUUACUUGAAACUGUGUUUUGAUAUGUGGUCAGUAAAUUUCCAUGUGAUUUAUUCAUUUGUUAAUAAUUACAUUACAAAUUUCGUGUAAUUAUGAAAUGUUUGUAGAAUUGUUAAAGAUAUUUCAUUUUAAAACUUAAACAUGUUGAAAGUAAACCACACAAAGCGACAUUGCUUAACACAUCUGAUUUUUUAUACUAGUCAGUCUAUUGAUAGUAGUAACAUCAAGAUGUACAGUUCAUUCAGAAUCUCAUGUUACUUACUCAGUUUAAAAUGACUAUAUUUCUGAUCCACUGCAAUUUAAAACUAGCCAUUAAAAAAGUGACUUUGAGAUUUUCACAUAAUACAUGUCCUGUGAAGGAAGAGAGAUAAUGGUUUGGUCAGGACUCUUCAUAAUGUUUCAAACUGCUGGAUGUCUUAACUUUCACAGAAAACAUGCAGUAAUGUUGAGUAACUAUUGGUAGCUCGUGUUUUUGUUUAUUUUCCUAAAGAAAGUAAGAAGCAUUGUUUAUAAUGAGUCAACAUAUAAUAAUGUAACCAAUAAUUGGGUAAACAAGACUUUGCCAAACCAAAUAAAUCAAUCAGGGCAGCAUUUACUUCAUAGAAAAAUGAUGACCCUAUAAAAAAAUUAUAUAUGAGAGACUGAGUAUUGAUUACAAGUUUUACAAUCAAAUACUUUUCUUUAGUUCAUUCAUUAUUGCAUGGAAAGUGAAAAAUAUUACUGCAUGACUUAUUAGAAGGAAAUAGUCAAUCCAAUUAAUCCUAGAAUAUUUAUAAAUUAAAAAUCAUGGAAUAAGAUUAAUAUGAAUAAUCCAGUAUUUUUCAGAAACUACAUGUAUAAAAGCAUAUAUGGUAUCCUAUUUAUAUUACUUUUUAUGUAAAUGCCUGUGGUUUCUUUCAAAACUUUCCACAUCACAAUUAAUGAAUACUUACCAGCAGAUUUAAUUGUACUAUUAAAAAAUAACUUAUAAAUAAAUUUCCAAACCUCUCAAGCACUGUAUAAUAAUAUUUUUAGUCAUUGCUGGUUUAAAGCUAAUGUUUUCUGUAUUACAGUGAAAUGUUUAAAAUGAAAAUGACUAGAUUUGGUGGACAGAAGUACUUAAAAGUGUCUUCCUAGAAAUAAAUGUAGUAGACUGUCAUAUUUUGUAGUGUUAAUCCAACUCUCUAUAAUAUCUUUCGUUUUCAGUCAUGAAAUCUUCACACUUUUUUGAAUCUAUGACAUAAGUGAAAAAUUGUUUUCCAUUUAUUUAUUUGUUAAGCUUUUUACAGCAUUAGUGUGAAAUUGUUGGAAUGACAGGGAUAAUAAAAGUUACUUAAAAUAUAUAUGCUAUAUUCCUGUUCUCUUAUAUAUUUUCCAGUACAACAAAGCAAUGUGUUGUUGGUUACUUGUUUAGCCAUCUUUGUUGGAGCUUCAUAGCUUUUCACCAUAAAAAUAUAAAAUUGGCUGUCUUCAUAUGUCAAAGAUUUACCUCUGUGGUUAAAUAUAUAAUACUAGGCUACUUUCCAAUUUCCAAACGUUUCAAAUAAUCUGCAAAUAAAAGACGUUUUGCUCUGAUCUCAUUUUAUAAACAAAUCUGCACUUGUAAUGAAUCAUUUAUUCUAUGCUAAGAAUAUUACACACAUUAAUACUAGGAUUCUUAGAAACAAAAUAUACUCAAAAUUCAAAAGUGCUGGACUCAGACAUUUACAAGUAGUACGUAUAACUCAGUAACUUCUAAUUUCACAAUAUAGCCUUGAAAGAAGAAGUUGAGGAAAAGAACCAGAAGGGCAAAAACUUCACUUUGAAUAUUAAUUACAAAAAUCUGCUUGAUAACACAAAAAUAACAAAUGUUUGAGUACAAUUACCAACACUUCUAGGCAAGUUUCAAGUCUUAUCCAGUCUAUCCUAUAUUGUUGAGCAUAUAUCUUUUCUUUUAGACUUUUAUUUUGCUACUGUAGUUGAAGAUUACAAUUCAAUACUGCACAAUUACUAGCUACAGACAAAACAUCUGAUAAGCUUAAUUAUGUGAAUUUACACAUAGCCCUGUACUAUAUGUAUUGUGAUAAAAACUUCAUCACCACCCAGUAAAACUGCUCAAUUAACUCUAUUACCUAUUGAUUAGUUUCACCAAAAAAAAUCAAGUAAUCAAAAUUGCUUUUUUUUUUCUGAUUAUUCCAA